AUGCCAGAGGAGAACAUGCAAAAACAAAUGAGCAAAGAAUACAAAUCAUUCCUUCUUCCACCCAAGAAGAAUGACCAUGGGCUUCGGCGCACCUACUCCGAAAUUCUGGUUCCAGCUGCAGAGGCAAGCAAGAUCAUUGAAGAGCUAAACCAGAACACGAAAUCUAGCGAAGUAGAGAUAGUGGAGUGCGAGUGCUGCGGCAUGUCGGAGGAUUGCACUCCUACUUACAUCGGAAAGAUCAAAGAGUUCUUCUGCGGGAAGUGGGUCUGCGGCAUUUGCUCGGAAGCAGUGAAAGAGAGGAUGAGACGCGAGCCGUCGAUAGACAUAACCGAAGCAUUGGACUCCCACAUGGCUUUGUGCAAGAACUUCAACAGGACCGUUAGGAUAAACCCUAAUCUCUCCUUAGCAACUACAAUGAGAGCCGUCGCGAAAAGGAUAUUGCAAGAGAGGUCCUCCAAGGACCUCAGUGCGAAUCCGAAGAUUGCGAGGACCGUGAGCUGCAGUCCGAGAUUAGAUUGCUGA